GUGUGUGUGCGCGCGCGUGUUGUUGCCAGCAUCAAACAUGGCGGACAUCCAGUUUAAAGCGGGCGGGAAGCGGCUGUGUCGGCAUCAAACAUGGCGGUGGACAUUCGGUUACCCACGGCUCGGAAACGCGGCUCUUCGGGGCUGGCAGCGGAGGGCAGUAAACACCUGGUGGCGCCGGGAGACAUCAUCACCACCGACACCGGCUUCAUGAGAGGCCAUGGUACGUACAUGGAAGAUGAGAAGCUCAUAGCAUCAGUGGCUGGAGCUGUGGAAAGGGUAAACAAGCUUAUAUGUGUCCAACCACUUCAAACUAGGUACAAUGGAGAAGUUGGAGAUGUGGUUGUAGGCAGAAUCACAGAGGUGCAGCAGAAGCGUUGGAAAGUGGAGACCAACUCCAGACUGGAUUCUGUACUGCUUCUCUCCUCUGUCAACUUGCCGGGAGGGGAACUGAGAAGAAGGUCUGCUGAAGAUGAGCUGAUGAUGAGAGACUAUCUGCAAGAAGGAGACCUGAUCAGUGCAGAGGUACAGGCAGUGUUUGCUGACGGAGCUCUCUCCCUGCACACCAGGAGCCUCAAGUAUGGGAAGCUUGGGCAGGGAAGCCUGGUCCAAGUCUCUCCUUCCCUCGUAAAACGACGCAAGACUCACUUUCACAAUCUGCCCUGCGGGGCCUCCAUCAUCCUUGGGAACAAUGGUUACAUCUGGAUUUAUCCGUUCGCAGAGCAGAAAGAGGAUGAAGCGGGAGGGUUUGUGACUAACCUUGAGCCUGUGCCGUCUUCCGAUCGCGAAGUCAUCUCACGACUCCGGAAUUGUGUUAUCGCCCUGAAUGUUCACAAGAUGCUACUGUACGAUACUAGUGUCCUGUAUUGUUACGAAACUUCACUCCAGCAUCAGAUUAAAGAGAUCCUGAAACCAGAAGUAAUGGAGGAAAUAGUGAUGGAAACACGACAACGACUUAUUGAUCAAGAAGGAUAAUUGCAGUGACAGUCUUAAGGCUUUGGCAUUUUCUGAUGUUAAAUAGAAUCUGAAUUAAAUGGUCAUUUUCACAAGCAAAA